AUGGGCAGAUCAUCGAGUUCUACUCCACCAGUAGAGAGUGAGUCAAGAAAAGGUUCUACUCAAAGAUCAAUAUUUGAAUUUACGCGUACUCAAGUAGCAAUUAAAGAAGAAGUGCAAACCAAUGAUCCUGUUGUAAUAAAAGAUGAAGGAGAGAUAAUAGAAAUCAAGGAAGACGCACUAGAUGAGAGUCAAAUACGCGUUAAAGAGGAAGAAAAUUAUCAAUGUAUUAAAGUUGAAGAUUCUUAUUUAUUCCCACCUAUUGAAUUUAAAGAAGAAAUUAAAGAAGAAGUUAAAAUAGAAGAACAUGCAGUAACUUGUCCUGUAUGUGAUUUAAAUAUUUCAAAUUUGGAUAUAAAAGAUAAAACAGACCAUGUUGAUACGUGUUUAGUUAGAUUCACAUUUGUCGAAGAAGAAAAACCAAUCACUAUCAAAAGAAGAUCAUCUACAAAUUCAAAAAGUUCAAGUCCUACUUCUACUCCAUCAAAAGAGAAAUCAACUACAGUAAAAGAUAAAAAAUCACCAAAUAAUAAUAAAAAGCGUAAAGUAGUCAAAGAAAAAGUACGAUAUAUCAAUUCAACCACGUCAACUGAAAAGAAAGAAAAAGUGAUAAAGUUACCAACAACCCCACAAACAUCGACUUCAAGUUUUAAAAGAAGAGAAAUUAUACCAUUAAAAAUCAUGACAUUUCCCGUAGACAAAACAAAAGAAAUCAAAUAUAGAGUAGCCGUAGAUGCUUUCAAUUUUGCACCACAUGAAAUAAUAAAUCAAUAUUUUUUAACUCAUUUCCAUGCUGAUCAUUAUGGUGGUAUUUCUAAAAAAUGGUCCUACGAAAGGGUUUUUAAAGAAGAUACUGAUUUUGAGGAUGAGUCCAAAUAUAAAAAAAUCAUAUAUUGUACUGUUAUAACUGGGAAAUUACUAACAUUAUAUUUUUCAAUUGAUACAAAAUUCAUCAAGCAUUUAGAAAUGGAUACUAAAUACAAAGUUAAGAACUACCGAAUGGAUGGAGAGAUUGAAGAACUUGAAGAUGGUGGAUAUAUAUCAAAUGAAGAAACUCCUGGCUUAUAUGUUACUCCAUUAACUGCAAAUCAUUGUCCUGGAGCUGGUAUAUUUUUAUUUGAAUCAGUAGAUUUAAAAGGUGAAAAAUAUAGAUUACUACAUUGUGGAGAUUUUAGAGUUAGUAUGGAAAUACUAGAUCAUCCACUAUUAAAUGAUUAUAGUUUGGGAAGACAUGAAUUUAAAGAUACAUUGCGGUUAGACAAAGUUUAUUUAGAUACAACCUAUAUGAACCCGACAUAUAUUUUUCCCAAACAAGAAUUAGUGUGUUCUACAAUUGCUCAAUUAUUUGAAGAUUUAACGAAGCAAGAAAAUAAUAAGUCAUCAAAUACUUUAUUCAAUACUUGGUUUGGAUAUUUAACUCAGCGAAGGAUAACAGAUUUUUGGAAUAAUAAGAAUAAACCCACAAAUGAAACGAAAAAGAAGAAAUUUUUAAUACUUGUUGGUACUUAUGUUAUAGGUAAAGAAAGAUUAGCAAUAGCAAUAUCCAAAAAGCUAGGUUGUUUGAUUUAUGUUUCAAACAUCAACAAUAGAAAGAACAAAUACGAAAUUUUAAAGACUUAUCAAGAUUCAUUCCUAGAUUCGGUACUAACAGAUGAUGAUUUAGGUUUAUCUAGUGAAUCAGAUUGUAUUGUACAUUUAGUUCCAAUGAACAUUGUGGGAUCAAUACAGGAAUUAUCAAAUUAUUUUAAUCAUAAUAGAUAUUAUGAGAAUUUUGAGAGAUGUGUUGGAUUAAGACCAACUGGAUGGAGUUUUGCACAAAAUGGAAAUAAAAAAGAAGAAGUAGUUGAAGAAGAACCACUUAUACCAAAUACACCAUUAAGUGAAAUAGUCAAAUUAAUGACUGAAAGAACAGAAUAUUCACCAAUGGAUCACAUACUAUCACAAUCACCCAAACCAACUACGAAAAAAAAAGUGGUGGAUACAGAAUUAUAUAGAAUUUAUUCAUUACCUUAUAGUGAGCAUUCAUCUUUUCGAGAGUUAUCAUAUUUUGUUACUUUUUUUAAUAUUGAUAAAGUUAUACCUACAGUUAAUUGUAGUAAUGAAUUUAAUUGCCAACGUAUGGAUAGAAUUAUAGAGAUUUGGCAAAAGAUAAGAAGGAUUAAAAUGGGAAUUAGUAAUGAAGAAGAUUUUUUCAAUGUUAAUGAUUUGCUAGUGGAGAAAAUUCAAAAUUUGUCGCUAGAUACUUUCUAA